AUGGAAGAUGAGGAGAAGUCAAAAACUGGUGUUGAAUUGCUAAAAGAUAUACAAAUGGAAGAUAAGAAGCCAAGAAACUUUGUAGCCAAAAGAUUUGACUACAGUCAUGUGAAUAAUAAGGAUCACGUGUUCCAGCAUCGAGCUCGACAUGCGCACCAUCGUCGUAAGGGCUACAAGAAAUAUGAUAAAAGACGUCAUCAUUAUGGAAAAUAUAGGCACAUAAGGCCAAAUUGUUACAAACUAUAUGGUUUUCCACAACACCACACGCAUACAAGGUUCAAAAGGAAUGAAGAGAAGGUUCAAGGUAAGAAGGUAUGGAAACCCAAAGUGAAAGGCACAAGUCUUAUAUCUCAUACUUCUCUUAGAGUAUCCUCUAGAGAGGAUUACUAUUUUGAUAGUGGAUGUUCCAAACACAUGACAAGGGAAAGGGCGUAUCUUGAAGAGUUGCAACCUUACUCUAACAACUAUGUCUCCUUUGGUAAUGGUGCAAAAGAUAGAAUCAAGGAAAUAGAAAACCUAGUAUAUUCUGGUCUACCUAGCCUUGACAACGUGUUGCUGGUGGAAGAUAGAGAACAAAGGAGAAAAAUGGAUCCCAAGAGCGAGGAAGGUAUAUUUCUUAGUUACUCUACAAACAGCAGAGCAUACAUAGUGUAUAAUAAAUGCUCAAAGGUUAUGAUGGAAUUCAUUAAUAUGGUUAUUAAUGACACACUUGAAGAUAAGAAACAAGAAGAUGAUGAAUUUCCUCCUCAACAAACUGAUGUCCCAGUCGAUGACCCAUCAAAGGAUUCCGACAUUGUGCCUGAGAUCACUUAUUCUAAUGAUCUCUAA